AUGAGCAAGUGUUGGAUUAAACCGACACCCACCAUGUCAUGGAAUUCUGCGAACGUCAAACGUUUUGCUGUUGGGUUGUGUUAUCCUGGACCCCAAUACUCACGACAACCUGGUAUGGACUAUGAUCCACAUACACCUGCGAUGAGUACAAUGUAUAUGGGUCAACAGAUAACGCAUCCUACCCCGUUGCCUAUGCAGCCGCCACCACAGCAAAUACAACAGCAAAGAACCAAAACCAUAUUGACUAUACAAGAUCCAAAUACAUUGGAGGAAGUUGAUUUAGGCGCGAGGGCGGAUGCCGCUGCCGACGCAAAAAAGGAUGAAGGGAAAGGUCGAAAGGACAUCGAUGAAACAGAACAGAAGAAGUCAGAAGUAAUGCGGCAGUUUACUCGUCAACUUCAAGAACGAAAUGAGAUGGAUCAAGCAGAAACAGCAGCAUCAGCGACGCCUACUCCACCAUCGACCAAGCCGAAUUCAGUUUCUCCUGAGCCCCCUGUGGAAGCAACUUCCAGUUCAGCGUCUGCGGAAGAACAAAAGCCUUUAGAGAAAGAAUCUACACCAGAAGUUAGAGAAGAUUCACAACAAGAAUCAACACCAGAAAUGAAACCACCUGAAAGCCAACCAGCGCCUGACGAACCUGCACCUGCCGUCGAAAGUGUAGCAGAGCCAGUCGCUGAAGUCACUGAAGUCGCUGAACCAGUUGCAGAACCGCUUGUAGAGGAGCCAAAACCCGCAUCACCUUUUGAAGAAGAGACGAAGGCUAAGUCCUCGGCCGAAGAAGAAGAAGCUGACCGUCCCUCUUCUGCCGCAACUCCUGAAAUCCCUACUGAAACUGAAGAGGCCAGCGCUAUAUCAGAGGCGUAAGU